AUGUUUUCUCGAAACCGUUCCAAGAAUAAUAAUAAUAACAAGAAAAGAGAUGAAGAGAAAGAAGAAAGAUCUGAAAUGUUUGCUGAUAUUGAGAAAGGCAUCCCUGUGAAUAAUAUUGAGAUACAGAAUGAUGGAAAGGUACGAGUUUAUUGGCGGUACAUUGUGAUACUUUUCACUAUGUGGCUUCUGUUGAUACAUUAUUAUGAAAGUAUAGUAGUGAAAAGAGCAAUGCGUAAAUGUCAAUGGUCUCGUUGGGAAACGUGGUCUAAAGGUACAGUGAGUCAUAAAGUUGCAUUGUUUGCCGAUCCACAAAUUAUGGAUGCUCAUUCUUACCCUGGUAGACCUGUCAUCGUGAAUUAUCUCACAAGAGUGAUGCUGGAUCAUUAUCAUGAAAGGAAUUGGAAAUAUGUACACUAUUAUUUGGAUCCAGAUACCAAUUUUUUUCUAGGUGACUUAUUUGAUGGUGGAAGGUAUUGGGAUGAUGAUUAUUGGCUAAAGGAAUACACAAGAUUCAACAAGAUCUUCCCUAAGAAACAAUCGAGGAUGACUGUUAUGUCACUACCCGGGAAUCAUGAUAUCGGCUUCGGCGAUACUGUCAUCGAAUCUAGUUUAGAAAGAUUUACUACAUAUUUUGGAGAUCCAUCAGCAUAUGUCGACGUCGGGAAUCAUACUUUUGUCCUUGUUGACACGAUCUCUCUAUCAGAUAAACUAAAUAGUAACGUAUCAGAAGUUCCUAAAAAGUUCCUUAAUGAAUUUGCUAUGGGUUCUCAUCCAAUGACUAAAAUUCUUUUAACGCAUGUCCCGUUAUGGAGAAACGCAAACCAACAGAAGUGUGGAUCAUUAAGAGAGUCCAAGAAAGCUUUCCCGAUUCAGAAAGGUGAUCAAUAUCAAACAGUUAUUGAUUUAGAAUUAUCACAAGAAGUUUUAUCUAAGAUUCAACCAAGUUUACUAUUUUCAGGUGACGAUCAUGAUUAUUGUCAAAUACAGCAUUCAUAUACAGCGAAUGGCAUGACAAAACAUGCAGAGGAGAUUACAGUGAAAUCAUGUGCAAUGAAUAUGGGUAUAAGUAGGCCAGCUAUACAAUUACUUUCAUUGUACAAUCCGAAUCGAAAAUCUGGCAAUGAUACAUACCAAACGGAAAUGUGUUAUUUACCUGAUCCAUAUAAACCAAUCAAGAUGUAUUUGUUGAUGACGAUUGUAUCAUUGAGUAUAUUUGGAUAUAUCAUGAUAUUACCAAGAUCUUUCAAUAAGAGAAUUGCAACAAAAAUAGGUAAGAUUAGUGAUUACAACUUAAACACAAAAAAUCUAAAUCCCACAGAGGUAUAUAUGGUAGAUGAGCAUCCUUCAAAGGUUUCAUGUAUAUUGAACCUUUCCAUAUUAUCGUUGAUGGUGCUAAUAUUAUUUUACUAUUAUUAUGUUGUUAUUUAA